AUGUACAACAUAAUAUUCGUUUAUUUAGCUGUGAGUUUCGCGCUUAUAAACGCUGCAGUAGGAAACUCAUUUGGAAAUGAUCCUGCUAUAUUAGCUUUCAAAAAGAAAGUCAUAAAUGAACUUAAGGAUUAUACUAAUAUUCAACCACGUGUUCUGAAAAUAAUGGAAGAUGUGAUAAAAAAUGUUGAAGAUAGUACAACUAAUAUUCGAGAAACUGAGAGAACAUUACAAGCCAAAAUAAAAAUAGAAAAAUCAUGGGGAUUCAGGAUACUUAUAACGUAUAUGAAGUCUAAUAACAAUGAAGAAAAGUGCAAUCAAUUUAAAACAUUCCCUGAAGAAGAUAUUAAGGAUCUAGAUGAAUUGAUUGCUAAAAAAUACAUGAAUAUAAAGUCGUUUAACAAUGGACUAUUUAUGCACGAAUUCGCUGUGAGAAAUGUUGAUGAAUUAAUAUCUUUAGCAAAGAAAAUUGGUGGUAAUGCAAAUGAGAUUUUCUCUCUACUUCAUCUUAAUAAUCAAUUAUUUUGUGCUAUUUUAUGUUCAUCUUUAUGUCAAGUAUUGUAA